AUGGGUUUUGAAGAACUUCUACGACAUGUUGGGCACAAUGGAAAGUUUCAGAUUUUGUCUAUGCUUAUUUUGACAUUUUUAAAUUUGCUGUCAUCCCCUCAUGACUUCAUGGAGAACUUUACAGCAGCCAUCCCUGCUCACCACUGCUAUGUCCACCUCCUUGACAAUCCCAAGUCUGCAGCCAACAUCACCAUAAACCUGACAGCUGAUGCCCUGCUGAGGGUCUCCAUCCCAGUGGGUCCAAACCAGAAACCUGAGCAAUGUCGUCGGUUCCGCCAGACCCAGUGGCAACUCCUAGAUUCCAACGUGUCAGCCAUGAAUAACACUGAGCUGGAGACAGAGCCGUGCCUGGAUGGGUGGACCUAUGACCAAAGCGUUUUCACUUCUACCAUUGUCACUGAGUGGGACUUAGUAUGUGAUUCUCAGUCAUUCAGAUACUUUGCACAGACUAUCUCAAUGACAGGGUAUUUGAUGGGUACCACUGUAAAUGGCAUCUUUUCUGACAGAUUUGGACGGAAGCCACUGCUGGUCACAGGUUGCCUAGCCUAUGGGAUCCUGGGCACCUGCUGUGCAUUUGCCCCCAUUUUCUCCGUUUACUGUAUUUUGAGAUUCCUGAUGUCUGCUUGCAUUAGUGCUAUACAAAACAACACCAUUUUACUUCUUUUAGAAGGGACCUCAUCAACAUGGCAUCCUGCAGUUGUUACGGUCUUUGGAUUAUCUUGGAGUGUUGGCCAGGCAUUAUUUGCAGGACUGGCUUAUGUUUUUCGAGACUGGCACAUGCUCCAACUGGCCCUCAUCUUGCCUUACUUCAUUAUUUCACUUUUUAUCUGUUGGAUACCUGAGUCAGUCCGCUGGCUCAUAACAACUGGAAAAACAGAACGAGCAUUAAGAGAACUACAGAAAAUUGCAUAUAUCAAUGGGAAGAAAGAUGCUGCAGAAAGUCUGACUACUGAGGUUUUGAGAUCCAAACUGAGGAAAAAUUUGAAUGUAACCAGUAAACAUUUCAGAGUAAAAGAGAUCAUCAUUAAUCCUACAGUACGGAAAGUAGUUCUUUCUGCCUCCAUAUUAACGUUUUCAUCACUUUUCAGCUCUUAUGGCCUCUUGUUGGAUAUUCAGACUUUGGGGAAGGACAUGUUCUUGACUCAGUUUCUCCUAGGACUAAUAGACCUGCCCAGCAAAUUACUUACAUUUUUUAUAAUAAGACACAUCAAUCGUCGUCCGUCAGUAGCCUUUUCACUCCUUCUGUUGGGAAGCUCUAUUCUGAUCACCAUAUUUGUAUUUGAAGAGAUGCACAUUUUGCGGCUUAUUAUCAUUCUCUUGGGGAAAGCAUCCUUUUCGACCUUUACUUCCUUGUUUCUAGUCUUUGGCAGUGAACUCUCACCAACAAUACUCAGGUCAACUCUACAGAGCAUUUGUAUUUUUGCUAGCAGAUUAGCAGCAACACUUUCUGCUUUAACACUUGUGACCAGAAGGUAUUUUAUACAUCUUCCCAUGAUUCUCUAUGGGACCUUUCCCAUAGUAUCCUCAAUAUGUGUCUACUUUCUACCAGAGACCUUUAAUCUUCCACUUCCUGACACCAUCAAAGACAUGGAGAAAAGGUGA